AGACUCCUUCCGGGGCGGCGCCGAGCCCGUGUAAAGGAAGUGUCGCAGGGCGCGCGCCGGUGCCGUGAUGGAGCAGCAGCAGCAGCAGCAGCAGCAGCAGCAACUGAGAAACUUGCGGGACUUCCUGUUGGUCUACAAUCGGAUGACAGAACUCUGCUUCCAGCGCUGUGUGCCCAGCCUGCACCACCGAGCUCUGGACUCUGAGGAGGAGGCGUGUCUGCACAGUUGUGCUGGGAAGCUGAUCCAUUCCAAUCACCGCCUCAUGGCCGCUUACGUGCAGCUCAUGCCCGCCUUGGUGCAGCGCCGCAUCGCGGACUACGAGGCUGCCGCGGCUGUGCCAGGUGCUGCUGCUGAACAGCCCAGAGUCUCGCCUUCAGGCAGCUAGCCGUUCCCAACCCCAGGAGAGAAGGCACUAGAAGGACCCUCAGAUUGAAGGAUCCAGUGGACCUUGGGCUUGGUGAAUCCUGUACGUACAGCAUGAGGGUUUGCCUGAAAGCUGGGUACUGUUGCUCCUUUUCCUGGAGCAAAUAAACCUGCUUUUUGCUC